UCAAACGAAUCACAAGUUCGGAAGAUAAAAAAGAAAUAAAAGGAGAUGAAAAGAUGAAAAUAGCAGUUUAUGGAAAAGGCGGAAUUGGUAAAUCAACCACUAGUUGUAAUAUUUCAAUUGCCCUAGCUAGACGUGGUGAAAAAGUGUUACAGAUUGGAUGUGAUCCCAAACAUGAUAGUACUUUUACUCUGACAGGAUUUUUGAUACCUACAAUUAUAGAUACUUUGCAGUCCAAAGAUUAUCAUUAUGAAGAUAUUUGGUCCGAAGAUGUCAUUCAUAAAGGUUAUGGAGGGGUAGAUUGUGUGGAAGCUGGGGGGCCGCCUGCAGGAGCCGGAUGCGGGGGAUAUGUGGUAGGAGAGACUGUGAAAUUGUUAAAAGAAUUAAAUGCAUUUUACGAAUAUGAUAUAAUAUUAUUUGAUGUAUUGGGCGACGUGGUUUGUGGAGGUUUUGCUGCUCCGUUGAAUUAUGCAGAUUAUUGUGUCAUUAUUACAGAUAAUGGAUUUGAUGCAUUAUUUGCAGCUAAUCGUAUUACUGCUUCUAUCAGGGAAAAAGCUCGUACACAUCCACUGCGAUUAGCAGGUUUGGUUGGAAAUCGUACAUCUAAAAGAGAUCUUAUCAAUAAAUAUGUAGAAGCCUGUCCAAUGCCCGUAAUAGAAGUGUUACCUCUUAUUGAAGAUAUUCGAGUUUCGAGAGUCAAGGGCAAAACCUUAUUUGAAAUGGUUGGAUCCGAACCAUCACUUAACUAUGUAUGUGAAUAUUAUUUAGACAUAGCGGAUCAAAUAUUGUCCCAACCAGAAGGUAUUGUGCCAAAGGAGAUUCCAGAUCGGGAAUUAUUCAGUUUGCUCUCUGACCUUUAUCUCAAUCCUAUUGAUGAGGGGAAACAUAAAAAUAAUAAGGAAAAUUUACUUGGAUUUACGACGAUUUAAUCAACAUAGUUAUAGUCAUUUAUGUCAGUGAAAAUUGAUGAAACUCUCACUGUCGAAUGUGAGACAGGUAAUUAUCAUACUUUUUGUCCAAUUAGCUGUGUAUCUUGGUUAUAUCAAAAGAUUGAAGAUAGUUUCUUUUUAGUUGUGGGUACAAAGACAUGCGGUUAUUUUCUGCAAAAUGCACUUGGAGUAAUGAUUUUUGCAGAACCUCGCUAUGCAAUGGCAGAAUUGGAAGAAGGAGAUAUCUCGGCUCAAUUGAAUGAUUAUGAAGGAUUAAAAAAACUUUGUAUUCGAAUAAAAAAAGAUAGAGACCCCAGCGUGAUCAUAUGGAUAGGUACU